UACGGACUGGUAGAGUGCAGCUAUAUGAAAGUUCAAUGUUUCCACUGUACGUAAAGGCGCAGAUUUGUUAUGUAGGGAAUUGUAGUUUUUAAAGCUGAUAAAAAAUGGCCAAAAUCAUAAAUAAGACGAGUGCGUUAACAGUAAAAUACGUAGUACUUGAAAUCAUAGUUUUAGUAUCAAAACUUGAUUCAUUUAUCUACUUUAGCUGAACAUUUUACCUCGUUUCAACCAGGGCUGAUCUUUUGAACUACAAAUCUAACCGGAAGUAGAGUUCUCCGUGGCGAACACGAAAGAUGAGACUACUUUUUGUCCGCUCCUCUUCUACCAUUAAGACUUUAUUCUCUCACAGACCAGAGGUAAAUCCACAGAGGUGGCGAGGACUGAGCGGUGCAGCAAUGCGUCUGGUGCAGUUUCACAGACGUGGUGACACACGAGGCAUCAGAGUGGGAGUGGAGCUCGGUGAGGGGCUCAAUGUGGUGGAUCUGAAAGCGUUUGACCCCUCUCUCCCCUCAACAAUGAGGGAGCUACUGGAGCUGGGAGAUGAGGGUCUGCAGCGUGCACAGAGGGCCUUGUCCUCUGGUCAGUGUGUGGUUGAGCGAUCUGACAUCCAGCUGCUCUCUCCCGUGUUGGCUCCAGAGAAGGUGGUGUGUGUGGGUAUGAACUAUCGAGACCACUGUCUUGAACAAAAUGCCCCCAUCCCCAAAGAGCCAAUCAUCUUCAGCAAAUUCCCGAGUGCCAUUACUGGACCAUUCGACAACAUCCUGCUGCCAUCAGAGAGCCAGGAGGUGGACUGGGAGGUGGAGCUGGCCUUUGUGAUUGGACGAAGAGGAAAACAUAUCAAGGAGGAAGACGCUCUCUCCUACGUGGCUGGGUUCACUGUGGCCAAUGACGUGAGUGCGCGGGACUGGCAAAUGAAUCGCAACGGAAAGCAGUGGCUGCUGGGAAAAACGUUUGACAGCUUCUGUCCUCUUGGGCCUGCAUUAGUGACCACUGAUGCUUUGAAAGAUCCUCACAACCUUGCUAUUCGCUGUCUGGUAAACGGAGACACCGUCCAGAGCAGCAACACUGAUCAGAUGAUCUUCAAAACAGAGGCACUGGUUGCCUGGGUUUCAAAGUUUGUGACUUUGACUCCAGGCGAUGUGGUUCUGACAGGCACUCCUCCGGGUGUGGGUGUGUUCAGAAAGCCACCUGUCUUCCUCAAGAGAGGAGACAUCGUUGAGUGCCAAAUAGACCAGAUAGGCUCCAUAAUCAACAAAGUGGUCUGAACUCUCGACCUGCUGAAAAACAAAUUCAAUUUAUUAAUCAACCUCCACAUCUGAUUGAGCGCUUCACACUACUACAAAAUGAUUCAUAUAUUAUUUGUUGUUGGACAGGAUAUGUGAUUGUAUAAAAACAAUAUUUGUUUCAUCCAUGAUGAUGCUUCUCUACAGGAUAUUCUAGUCACUGGGCGGUAGAUAAACAUGGCACUUUUACUGUACCAAACAUAAUUACAUGACUCAACAUGACGUUUUUUCUGCUCGACCCUGGUCACUGAGUCAUCACCAGCUGUAAAUAUAACCUCUUAUUAGAGGCCGCUUACUCAUGCUCACUACAGAGUACUGUAAACCCCUCGACCCUUUCUGAUACAUGCAAAAUCAAACAUAUUUCCUGAUAUGAUAAUUAAGGACGAUAAACUGUAGAAUACACAUUUCUACCCGGAGUAUCUUAACAGCCUCCUCUCAUAACAUAGAAACAAAUUCCCAGCGACUAUUAGGAUUUAUUCAAUCUAAAAUCUGCCUCAAUUAGAAUUUGUCUGUUGUUGCCAAGGAGAAAAUUAUUCCUUAUUAAUUUCAUCUGCCAGCUAUAGCCAAGGCCAGAGGGAUUAGAUUAGAUUAGAUAGAUACUUUAUUGAUCCUAAAGGAAAUUUAAGUUUCAGCUGUUCCAUUACACACAAAAUAAGGGUUAGGGAAAAAAAUAGAAUAAAAUAGGAACAAUUGCAACAGCUCAGGUGGGGAAAUGUGAAAAGGGUACUUUAGCGAAGUAAGUACAGGGGUGCAAAAUUAUAAAGAAAUAUAGAUAAUGUACUAAAUUGUUUAGGUGAUCUGUCUGUCUGGGCCAUUUUUGUGAACAUGAUAUUUCAAGUGUGCUUUGAGGUGUUUUCUUCAAACUUUGCUCAAAUGUCCACACUGACUCGAGGAUGACCUGACUAGAUUAUGGAGGUCAAAGGUCAAGGCCAUUAAAUGGAGGCCUAGAAAUUUCAAAGUCUGAAACACUUUUUACAAAACUUGAAACAGAUUGACCAAGUCUGCUUAAAAACAAAAUUGAAAACAGAAUGAAGCUUCUCUUGGAUUUGAGGUUUAACUGAUUUGAUUUCCAGGAACAAAAGAUGGAAUUUGAUCAAUUUUACCCCCAUCCAAUCAAAAUUUUAUUCCUAAACAUUCAAUUACACCAGUAAAGACAUCAUUUUUACCAAUUCCCUGGCACAAAAACCACCCAGCCUUUCUUCUUUACCAUCACUCCCUUUCACUGCCUGGCAAUUGUCUACCUUUUAGAGGCACACAACCACCAAACCAUAGUUCUAGUUUUUACUAAAGCAUCUAAAGCUGGCUCAUUCUUCCGCUGAAACAGCUUUAUUCAAAUUAAACAGACCCAUUUACAUUCUGCAGUAUAGUGAUGGGGUGAAUUGUUGUAUCUGCUGCGUUUGAGUGAUCAUUGAGUAACUUAAUGCAUGAAAUAAUGUGAAUUAACAUCCUGCACUGCCUCACAGAUUGAAAACAGAACAACUGGGUGAUGAAUCAUUUCUUGAGAACACUUUGACAUGCAAACCGUAAGACCUGCUGUGACACCUCUGCCUCCGCCACCCUGAAAUUAACAUGAUUUUUCUACAUGUGCAAACAAAAAAAGGCCGACGGUCAAUCAGGUACUUUAUAUUCAAUGAAAUGGUGUGAAUAAUAGGAAAUCUUAACCCUUUGAAAGAAAAAGUGAUUGUUUAUGUGAGAGGUUAUUUCGUGCCUUUAGAAAUGGUGUAUGCACUAAAAGUAACACUCUUUCAUUAAAAGUGUACUGCAAUGUUCCUACAGA